AGUGCGCGUCCUAAGUCUGUUAGAGAGCUCAAUAGCCGGUCUUUUCUGCGCACCCGUCUAAGACGUCUUAGUUCGGCCUGUUGUGGAGUAGUAACCGCCAAAAAGGACUCGGAAGUGGUCGCACGAGGCCCUCAACGCCACCAUGCCCAAGAAUAAAGGUAAAGGAGGUAAAAACAGGCGCAGGGGUAAGAAUGAGAAUGAAUCUGAAAAAAGAGAGUUGGUGUUUAAAGAGGAUGGACAAGAGUAUGCUCAGGUAAUCAAAAUGUUGGGAAAUGGACGAUUGGAAGCAUUGUGUUUUGAUGGCGUAAAGAGGUUAUGCCAUAUCAGAGGGAAAUUGAGAAAAAAGGUUUGGAUAAAUACUUCAGACAUCAUAUUGGUUGGUCUACGAGACUAUCAGGAUAACAAAGCUGAUGUAAUUUUAAAGUACAAUGCAGAUGAAGCUAGAAGUCUGAAGGCAUAUGGCGAGCUUCCAGAACAUGCUAAAAUCAAUGAAACAGACACAUUUGGUCCUGGAGAUGAUGAUGAAAUCCAGUUUGAUGAUAUUGGAGAUGAUGAUGAAGACAUUGACGAUAUCUAAAUUGAACUGAGUGAUUUUACAUUUGAAGUUUUCUGAGGAUUGUUCUACAGUUGGGAUUUUGACUAUCACCUGUUAAGAAGAGAAAUUCGUUUCGUUUAUAGUCUGUUAAAGCAAACUGAUAUUUUCAUUGUUUUAAAGUAUUUAUUUCUGUAAAAGCUGAUGACACUGAAUUGUGUCACCAAAAAAGAAGUAUUAAAUAUUAAUACUUUAUUGUUUUGAUGUAAUGGAACUUAGAGAUAAAAGAUCAUAAUAUUUGCUGUAAAAACAAAUAAACGAAUGCCUUUUCUACUGUGA